AGGCCAUUGUAGCGAGGCGACAAAGUUGUGGGCUUAUUUGAAGGAGAGGAAGAAGAGAGAGAGAGAGAGUUCGAGAUCGGAUCUAAUCGGCGACCUUCUUCAUCUUCAUCAUCGAACCCAGAAAAGAUGUCGUCAACUUUCAGUGGCGAUGAAACGGCACCUUUCUUCGGCUUCCUCGGCGCCGCUGCGGCCCUCGUCUUCUCCUGUAUGGGAGCUGCUUAUGGAACGGCGAAGAGCGGGGUGGGAGUUGCGUCUAUGGGAGUAAUGAGGCCUGAACUGGUGAUGAAGUCUAUUGUUCCGGUGGUCAUGGCUGGAGUUUUGGGUAUUUAUGGUCUUAUUAUUGCUGUGAUUAUUAGUACAGGGAUUAACCCCAAGGCCAAAUCUUAUUACCUUUUCGAUGGCUACGCGCAUCUCUCCUCUGGGCUUGCUUGUGGCCUUGCUGGUCUGUCCGCUGGCAUGGCUAUCGGGAUCGUCGGCGAUGCUGGUGUUAGAGCCAAUGCCCAGCAGCCCAAGCUUUUCGUUGGGAUGAUUCUUAUUCUAAUUUUUGCUGAAGCACUGGCACUGUAUGGACUCAUCGUCGGCAUUAUUCUGUCUUCCCGAGCUGGUCAGUCGAGAGCUGAUUAAGUGGAGUUUGUGUAGUGUAUGUCCUCUUUUUUUGUCCAUCCAGAAUUGAUUUUGUACUCGUAAAUGGGUUGUUGUUAUGAUUUUUAAGCCUACUCUCCCAAAUGUUCUUGUGAGGUGUGAUUGCUUGCUGUACCUCACGGACCCUGUAGUAGCGUAGCUAAUAUGGAUUUGGGGAUUAAUUAUUCUUCUCAAUAAAAAAAUUAAACUCUGUUGCAUCAA